CUAUUAAGAAAGUGAAGUAAAUGUGUUUGUGCCUGGGUGAAACAUGACUAACCACUGAAAGUAUUUCAGUGUGCAACUUCCCCAUAACAGAAUGACGCGCGAGUCGAGCUUCUGUGAAGUAUCGGCUCCGAUCAAAGCACUUUUCGUUUGCUUUUAUUAUUCUUAUGGCGGUAAUGAUGUCCUGUCGUAAAUACAUCGCGCCUCUAGUGUUCUGUGCCCAGGUGGCCAGCUCGUUUUUUGACACCGCUCUCCAAAUGAUCGUUAAAGAACGAUGCGCAAACCACGACAGAGACGUCGAGCAGAAAGCCAUCACAAACUUCAACAUGACCUUCAACAUGGUGCUCAAAUUCAUGCCAAUUGUGCCAGCGAUCCUUCUGGCAAAGGUGGGAGACAGGGGUUACAGGAAGGUGCCAAUAGUGGUUCCUCUGGUUGGAUAUUUCCUGUCCAGAGGUCUGCUCUUGCUGGAUAUCGUGCUGAACUGGCCUCUCCAGGUGCUGUACGCGGUGCCGGUGAUCCACGGACUGUGCGGGGGCUUCGCGUCUUACUGGGCGGGAGUGAUGGCGCUGGUGUCGGUGUGCUCCGGUGAGGACGAGCGCUCCGUGCGCAUCAUGAGGACCGAGCUGGUGUACGGAAUCGCCGGGUUCAUUGUGCUUGGAGAGAGGCAGGAGCGACGGGAAAGUGUCGGGAUCAUAAACCACGAAGCCCGGGAUAAGAUAAACAUCGCUUUGCUCUUCGUCAGUGGGAUCUUGUAUGAUAUAGCAGUGGCUGGAGGAAUGGAGAUGUUGGGAGCUUAUGUGCUCAAAGACCCCCUCAGCUGGGGCGCAACAGAGGUGGGCUACGGAAACGCGUUGGGGUCCCUUCUCUUCAUCACCAGUUUUUUGGGUGUGAAGAUGUUCACGAGAUGUUCAGUUAGAGAUGAGAGCAUGGUGAUGAUCGGGAUGGUGUCUUUCGCAGCUGGGAUUUAUUUCAUGGCAUUUGUGACCACAACUCCGAUGUACUUUCUGGCUCGCUCUAUCACUCUGUUUGCUCUGAUUCCAAUGCCCACCAUUCGCUCGCUGCUGUCCAAACAGGUCAGAGGAACCUCGUAUGGCAUUACCUUUGUCAUGCUCCAGUUGUCCUUCAAAAUCGCAAGCUUGGUCACCACACCCAUCUACACUAAGAUCUAUCAGGUCACACUCGACACCUUCCCAGGCUUUGUCUUCAUUCUGUCCAGCAUCUUCACUGUUCUUUCUAUGAUACCCAUUAGUAUUGUAGGAUGUCGCUCUGCGAGACAUGAUGGAUAUGAGAGAAUCCAAGGGAACUGACUGACAGCAUCAGCCACACCAAAGCAGACAAAAAUGAUGAGAAAUGGACAAGUUUGUACACUGAUGUUACAUACAGUAGAGGAUAUUCUACUAGGAUAAUGGUACUUCCUGUUGCACUGUGGUUACACUGCGUUAUUAGUAAUGCAAUCUGUGUAGCAUAUUAUUUGCCAAGGAUUUUUUUUUUACAUCUAUGUAUAAAAUGCUGACAAAUUUUAGUUUUUAGGUAUUUUGGUAACAAUUUACUAUAAAUUGCCAUACGUUGUUAACAUUGCCUGCAUUAGUUUAUCAUGAAUGCACACUGGAAAAUUCUUUGAAAGUAUAUUAAUCUUAAUGUUGAUUUCAACAUUAACUAGUAUUAUUGAAAUCAGAAGUAUAAUCUAUAAUAGACCAGCGUUAACAAAGAUUAUUAAAUAUUUUAACAUAAGUAUUACUCAUUCUUAGUUAACUAAUUAACUAAUGUUAACUAAUGGAUCCUGUAAAGUGUUACUGAUAUUUCUCUAUGCAUGUCUAUUUGAAAUGCAACACAUCUUUUAUCAGAUUUUUAUUGUACAGAUUGUGCAAUAAAUUAAGUUAUUUGUACAUCUAUGUAUGGUGUUAUAUUAAUAAGCAUACUUUUUUUUUUUACACAAAGUAUCCAGGAAAUACAAUAAUGAUGCAACUAAUCAUCAUAGUAUAAUGGUAGUCCAUAAGUCCAUAAGUUUUUAGUUCUGAAUGUGCAAAGGCACAAAAAUACAUUACAGAAAAUUACAUUUUAUAUUAUUAGAGUAUAUUCUAAUAAUUUAUAUUGCAAUGAUCCAGUAUUAAUCAGUUGAGGUAAAGGGUAACAGCAUCAGUCAACACUGUACAAGUUACUUUUCCUUUCAAAAUCCAGAAUUUAUAUUCUGUCAAUUUAACUAUAAACAGUUUAUUCCAAAAGGAAGCCAAAUGAGCUUUAAAAAACAUGUCAUAUAUAUAAUACACAUAACUGAAUAACCUUUUAAUAAACUGCAAGUGAUCUUCCUCACUUGCUUUAGCUUAAUUUGUUGUGUGUAUACUUCACACACACCCACUGGACUGAUCUGUAAGUAAACAUAUACACACUCAUGAGCAGUUGUUUAAUAUUUG